GGGUGGGCAGCAAGGGGACCAGUUUUGGUUAUAUUUGAGAGAAUCUUCAAGUUCAGGCAGCACACUGGCAUCUGUGCACAUCAGGCUCGCCACUCGCAUUUGCAAUUUGCCGCUGCUUUAUUUCAAUGCAAUUAUGUAAUUGGGCUGCUAAUGACAGCGAGGGAAUUUAACUGGCUUUGAUGAGUUGUUCAGGUGGAGAUGGAAGCAGUCGGCUGCCGCUGCAUCAGCUCCGUGCAGCCUGCACGACAAGUCCGGAAUGAAGAACCGAACUCCUGGCGGAUACAAUUUGCUCCUUCGCAUGCAAGCAAACGCAGACUACACGUGUGGCUUCAUCUGCAGCUUCUUCUGAGCUCCACGGUCGCUCGAAGGCAGCCGGGCCAAUGGGCUCGCCUCUCGGAGCCAAUGAACCAAUCAGCGGCCGCCUUGGAUGAAUAUUCAUGAGUACUAGAUUCAAACCUUUGGGGGAGUUUAUCUCGAUCCGCAGCAUCAUACCUGGGACUUUUCACGGGAACAAACUGCAUUUUCUUAUGAAUGGAAGGAGAAAAAAGCGGUUCGACUUAAAUUGGGAGCCCUCCCGGUUUGGACUCAAACAACAAAAGCAGGAGGAGGACGAGAGCCGCCGGAAGAGAUGACAAUGACAGCGAUCCCAGAAAGUCUUAACAGUCCCGUCUCAGGAAAAAGCGUUUUCAUGGAGUUCGGGCCCGCCGGUCAGCAAAUGUCUCCGUCCUCCAUGUCCCACGGACACUACCCCGUGCACUGUUUACAUUCUGCAGGCCACGGACAGCACGACAGCUACAGCCCGGCCCCGAACUUCCCCCGAACCUUAGCCUAUCCUUAUAUCAACUCUGUGGGAAGCCAUUCCAACAGCCCGUACCUCAGCUCGGUUCAAACGUACCAGAACAGCUCGGCCCUGCCUCAGACCCGCUUAGAAGAGCCAGCACCAGAAAGUGCCAAGAACGCUGUGGUGGAGGGAGGAGAGGUCCGAUUCAACGGCAAAGGGAAAAAGAUCCGCAAACCAAGGACCAUCUACUCCAGUUUACAACUUCAAGCUCUCAACAGGAGAUUCCAGCAAACGCAAUAUUUGGCCUUACCGGAGAGAGCCGAGCUCGCCGCGUCUCUGGGCCUCACUCAGACACAGGUGAAGAUUUGGUUCCAAAAUAAAAGGUCCAAGUUCAAGAAACUGAUGAAGCAAGGCGGUGGCACUAUUGACACUAACGCCUUGGCCACAGGCCGCGGACUCUCUAGCGGGUCUCCCACGCUGGCGCCCGCCUGGAGCUCGCCGAUCGGUGGGAAGACGUCAGUGGGCGCCACCACGGGGUCCUAUAUCCCGGCCUACACGUCGUGGUACGCCGGUACACACCAGGAGUCUAUGCAACAAUCCUCCCAGCUCAUGUGAACUCACGUCGGCCAUGCACGCCACGCCACGGCGCGGGGACCCGGGAAGCUUGAGCUCGGAGCGUGGGCGUUUGCUCCCCCCUCACGAGUGGUGGGCGCCUCAUUCCGGAACCAGAUGAAGAUGACGCUAAGAAACUUGAAAGAGAUGACCUCCACGUAUGAAAUCUUUCACAAGCGCUUUUUUUGGGGCUGCUUUUUAUUUUUUAAAAUCACAUUUGAGAGAAAUGUCAUUGUUUAUUUAUGAUGACAUCACUUUUCAUUCAUCACAAGGCCAAUCAUGAGUAUUUCUUGAACCAAAUUCUAUCGAUAAAUAUAGCUGUUAUCAUUCAGAGCAUAUUGUAUGAACUUGUUUAUUAUUUAAGUUAAAUUAUUGGGAUUUUUUUACUUCUUCAAUUGAGGCCAGUCUUGUGUUCUAUUUAUGUGUUUAAAUUGAGAAAACAACAUCCUGUUGUUCAUGCUGCACUAUACGCGAGCAAAAGCUUUUCAAGUUAUGUGAAGAGGUGAAAAAGAAAUACCCACAGGACGAACAGCUCAUUUCUCACUGUGUUUUAUAGAUAAACCCAAAUUGUUUUGUGCUCUACUGGCUGUGAAAGGUUUUUAGGCUUGCUGUAAUUCGUCCACAUGUGUUUUAGUCCACAGAAAAAAAAAUAGUUUUGUAUUGAUCUCUUUAAUUUAUUGGCUCUUUAUGUACAUACUGUGCACAUUUUCACAAAGCAGUAAAAUGAUUUAACUUAUGUGAAGAA